AUGGCCCUGCGGCCGCUCCUCGUCGCCUUGGCGCUGUCGGCCGCCGCUGCGCCGCCCCUCGCGGUCGCCUUCUACCUGCCGGGCCUGGCGCCCGUCAACUUCUGCGAGGCCGACAGGGAGACGGCGGAGUGCAAGUCUGGAAUCGAGCUGUUUGUGAACAGGCUUGACUCUGUAGAGUCUGUCCUUCCCUAUGAAUAUACUGCGUUUGAUUUCUGUCAAGCAGAAGGAAAGAAGCGUCCCUCUGAAAACCUUGGUCAAGUGUUGAGAGAGGAUAGAACGUCUCCUUACAGGUUCACAUUCAACAAGAAGGAGACAUGUAAAUCUGUUUGUACAAAGACGUAUGAUACCAAAAAGCCAGAAGAUAAGCAGAAAUUAGACUUUUUGAAAAAAAGUAUGCUACUGAAUUAUCAACAUCAUUGGAUUGUGGACAACAUGCCUGUGACCUGGUGCUAUGAUGUUGAAGAUGGCCAGCGGUUCUGCAAUCCUGGUUUUCCCAUUGGCUGUUAUAUUACAGAAGAUGGCCGUCCGAAAGAUGCCUGUGUUAUUAACUCAGAAUUUCGUGAAAAAGAUACUUUUUAUAUCUUCAAUCAUGUUGACAUAAAAUAUUACCAUGUUGUGGAAAAUGAAGCUCUGGGAGCAAGACUUGUUGCUGCUAAACUUGAACCAAAAAGUUACAAGCAUACUCAUCCAGACAACCCUGACUGUUCAGGAGUUUCUAUGGAUAUAAGUAAUAAGGCUAAUGGAGAAGUCAAAAUUGCUUACACAUACUCAGUUUCUUUUCAAGAAGAAAAAAAUAUAAGGUGGGCAUCAAGAUGGGAUUAUAUUUUGGAAUCCAUGCCUCACACUCACAUUCAGUGGUUUAGCAUUAUGAAUUCCUUGGUGAUUGUCCUUUUUCUGUCUGGAAUGGUAGCUAUGAUUAUGCUGAGGACACUGCAUAAAGACAUUGCAAGAUACAAUCAGAUGGAUUCUACCGAGGAUGCUCAGGAAGAAUUUGGCUGGAAGCUGGUUCAUGGUGAUAUUUUCAGGCCCCCAAGAAAAGGAAUGCUGUUGUCUGUUUUUCUUGGCUCUGGCACACAGAUCUUAAUAAUGACUUUUGUUACGCUGUUUUUUGCUUGCCUGGGAUUUUUGUCACCUGCUAACCGGGGAGCUCUUAUGACCUGUGCUGUAGUUUUGUUGCUGCUUGGAACUCCAGCAGGUUAUGUUGCUGCCAGAUUCUACAAAUCAUUUGGAGGUGAGAAAUGGAAAACAAAUGUCCUGCUGACAUCAUUCCUUUGUUGGGGAAUUGUAUUUGCAGAUUUUUUUAUCAUGAACCUCAUUCUCUGGGGAGAAGGCUCUUCAGCAGCUAUUCCGUUUGGUACUCUGGUUGCUAUUUUGGCUCUCUGGUUUUGCAUAUCUGUACCAUUGACGUUUAUUGGUGCCUAUUUUGGCUUUAAGAAAAAUCUAUUGAACACCCUGUUCGCAACGAAUCAAAUUCCUCGUCAGUCCUGAGCAAUCAUUCUAUACAAACCAUUACCUGGGAUUAUCAUGGGAGGGAUUCUGCCUUUUGGGUGUAUCUUUAUACAGUUGUUCUUCAUUCUGACAGUAUUUGGUAAGUUAACUACAACCUACGUGAACCUUCUCAGUCAUCAAAAGUUGUCUCACCAGAUGUAUUACAUGUUUGGCUUCCUGUUUCUGGUAUUCAUUAAUUUUGGUUAUUACAUGUCUGAGGCCACAAUAUUGCUCUGCUACUUCCAUCUAUGUGCAGAGGACUAUCACUGGCAGUGGCGUUCAUUUCUCACGAGUGGUUUCACUGCAGUUUAUUUCCUAAUAUAUGCAAUACAUUAUUUUUUCUCAAAACUGCAAAUCACAGGAACAGCUAGCACCAUUUUGUUUGGUUAUACCAUGAUUAUGGUUUUGAUCUUCUUCCUCUUCACAGGGACAAUUGGAUUCUUUGCAUGCUUUUGGUUUGUAACCAAAAUCUACAGUGUGGUGAAAGUUGACUGAAGAAACCAAUGUAAAGAAUUAACACAGAAGAGGUUUAAUCUUCAUUAACGUAACUUAAAGACCUGGUCUAGUCAAUGAACUUGAGCUUUAUCAGAAGUAUUGGCUUCCUAUUCUUUUGAGAAUGAUACUGAAUAUGCAGCUACCCCAAACACUUUUUUCCACUAACACGUUUGUAUUGUGACUUAACAACCUGUUUUCAUUCAGAUCUUAAUGAAGAUCAGUUACAAUAUUUAUGCAUUGUAAAUACAACUAUACUUCAAAAGAAAUGUUAAAUUCUAAUGGCAGAAUAGAAGUGGCUGUAUUACACAACUUAAUGAUACUUCUGAUUAAAGUACAACUGUAAAUAGGAUUUUCUAGCUUGGUAGGUGGGAUGAAUUAUUUUUCUUUGAGGGAAAUGAGAACUUUUUAUUACGCUAACUUUGAAGGAUGACUCUUAAGAAGUGUUGCUUUUAGUUUGGAUGUGAUUUUUAUUUUUACUGGUAUUAUGUCCAUAAAUAUUCUGAUUUCUGUGACUUCAUUAGUUUCAGUGUUCUUGGCCUUUUAAACUAUGUGCCUCUGAGUCCUUGAAUUUAUAAAUUCAUAAUCUAAUAAAUAUUGUAAAAAUGUCUUCAGUGGGUCAUUACCUAUUAUAAAUUCAUAAAAAUCUGUGAAUACAAUUAUAUUGAAGAGGGAUGCUUAAAGAUUGCAUAGAGUGUUUUAUGUGUAUUGACACACCUUUAGGUCUGCAAGACAUGUUAUUUGUGUUACAUGGCUAUAACGCUACAAUGUGAUUGUGGCAGGUGAGAACGAAAUUAUACACACACAUUGCCAAAAACCUCUACAGCAUUGUUUCAGUCCUUAACCUAGGUACUUAACCCAGUCCAGAGACUGCUGUGGAAUUGUCAAUAUGUUGAGAAGAUCUUAAUGCAUGAGUCAGCAUCCUCUGCUGGUCAUGCUUUCAAGAGAUCUUGAUGAUGCAUAUUCUAUAUGGCAACUAUUGCCGGUUGUACUUGAUGUAGGUUAAAAAAAAAUAAAAGCAAAUUACUAUUUUUGCCUUAUAUUAAGAGACUAAAGCCAAUUUCAGGUGACUAUCAUUAAACCUGUAUUUGCUCUUUUUGAAAAUGGAAUAUUUUAUUCAUACUUUGUUCAGUAAUUUAGAUUCAAAACACGAUUUGGCUUUUGGCAUUUUUUCACAAGCCUGAUAAAAUUUUAUUUAAAAUUAAUCAUCAUGUAUCACUUGUCAUUCAUAAGGUUGCUUUCUUCAUCCUUACUGGUUUGCUUUUCUAAAAGACCUUAACCUAAUGAUGAUUGAAUACUGAACCCAAUAAAAAUAUCUUUG